GAGGAGAAGGACUCUGACUCUAGUAAAGAGACUCUGGACGAUCUCUUCCCAGAUGACCAGGACGACCAACCCCCCGGCAUCCAGCCGACUCACGCCAGUGCCGCAGCAGCUGCUGCCCAGCAGGGAGGAUAUGAGAUCCCGGCCCGCCUGAGGACCCUCCACAACCUGGUGAUCCAGUACGCCUCCCAGGGCAGGUACGAGGUGGCUGUGCCCCUCUGCAAACAGGCCCUGGAAGACCUGGAGAAGACUUCUGGACAUGACCACCCAGACGUGGCCACCAUGCUCAAUAUCCUAGCACUUGUUUACAGGGAUCAGAACAAAUAUAAGGAGGCAGCCAACCUGCUGAAUGAUGCUCUGGCCAUCAGGGAGAAGACUCUGGGCAGGGACCAUCCAGCUGUCGCUGCCACCCUCAAUAACCUGGCUGUCCUGUAUGGGAAGAGAGGAAAGUACAAGGAAGCAGAGCCUCUGUGCAAGAGAGCGCUGGAGAUCAGAGAAAAGGUGCUGGGGAAGGACCACCCAGAUGUGGCCAAGCAGCUGAACAACCUGGCUCUGCUGUGUCAGAACCAGGGCAAGUACGAAGAGGUGGAAUACUACUACAUGAGAGCGCUGGAGAUCUACCAGACCAAACUGGGCCCCGACGACCCCAACGUGGCCAAGACCAAGAACAACCUGGCGUCCUGUUACCUGAAACAGGGCAAGUUCAAGCAGGCUGAAACUCUGUAUAAAGAAAUCCUCACCAGAGCUCAUGAGAGGGAGUUCGGCUCUGUUGACGAUGAGAACAAACCAAUAUGGAUGCACGCUGAGGAGAGAGAGGAACAAAGCAAGGGGAAGCAGAAGGACGGCUCACCGUUUGGAGAAUACGGAGGCUGGUACAAAGCCUGUAAAGUCGACAGCCCAACAGUGACCACCACCCUGAAGAACCUGGGCGCCCUCUACAGGCGGCAGGGCAAGUUCGAGGCGGCUGAGACUCUGGAGGAAGCUGCCAUGCGUUCCAGAAAGCAGGGUCUGGACACUGUGCAUAAGCAGCGCGUGGCGGAGGUCCUGAGCGAGCCGGAGGCCCGCGAGAAGCAGCGAAGCCGCGAGAGCUUGACCUCCGACACGGUGAAGUACGAGAGCGGGCCGGACGGUGGCGAGGAAGCAUAACUCCAGAUGCCUUGUAAUGGUUCUAAAAAACUUGUCUUCUGCAUGACGGACGCCUCACCUCACCUCGCCUCAACCCCCUUCAGCUUUGCGGUUUUCUUCAGCUCUUGACUCCCCCCUCCUCUCUCUUUCUCCACCACCACCACCACCAACCACCUCUGGGUUCUGGUGGGAUCCUUCGCGGUGGGCCGGGUGGAACCGGAGCGAUAAUGUUGCUUUAAAAAAGGAGCGGGUUGGGGGGGGUGAAAUGUGGAGACAGCCUGUUGUGUUGUGCUUCCUGCUUCGACUGUGUGUAUCUGCUGUGGGUGGGAGAGGACUGGGGCGAUGUUUUCUUUAUGGCAACAUUAAACUUUGUUCUUUCUGCUGUCCUUUAACCUCUGCUUCUCUACUUCUGUCACUCUCCAGUGUCUUUAAACUGUACUUUCAUAUUGGCUGUAGACUCGUGUAAAAGGUCGGUGGAAGGAUCGUGAGGGACGGUAAACCAAAUCUCUGCGUCCUACGUUGUUCUCUCAGCCGUCCUUUAAAGCUUAACUCUCAACAUUUUGACCUGGACUCUGGACAAACAGUUAUAAACAGAAUAAUACUUGUUGCUUCGCUUAAAGUUAGUAGCUUUCUUGGAGUUUGACGCUGUAAAAUAAAGGUCCAAAAAAAGACAGAAAAUUAAUCUCAGAAGCUUUAAAAUAUUUUUCUAUUUGAGCACAGAAAUAGUUUGAAACACUCCAGUAGUAAAAUGUAUAGAAAAUCCUUUUAGUCUGAACCUUUAAGCACCGUUAUUUAAAGCUAGUUUGGCUGUUGCUUCAGCUUUAGAUUGUUUCCGUCUUUAACUUCAGAAAUCUGCAAAAUAGAGAGCGAUGUCUUUUAUGGAGAACUUAAAAUUAAGUCGAUUAAUUUCCAACCAUGUUGAUAAUCGAUUAAUCAUAUCGGGCCGUUUUCAAGCAAAAAUGCCCCAAAAUUCCAGUUUCUUCUGUCAAAUGUCGGCAUGGAACAAUAUUAAUUAAUUAACGUGUUAAAAACAUGUCAGAAUGAAUCUGUAUGAUUAAAACACAGAUUUUAAACAGAAAAGAGAAUAAAAACCAGUAAGAAUACAAAUAUUACAGCAUGUUGUCAAAUUAUACCUGCGCAAAUUUAAAAGACUAAAUAUCCAUCAAAUUUCUUGCUGCUUGGUUGAUUAAAAACAUGCACAGUGAUGUUAUUUGUACUAAUUCUACGUUCUGCUUGAUCUGAACUGUUAAUUAUGGGCUGUGGCCAAAUUAAUGUUGUCAGUUUGCCCGAAACCGCAACUUUUAUGACCGUUUGAAAGCAAGUUCUGUCCUGUAUUAAGUAAAACCUCCUGAAAAAAGUUAAUAGUUUUUCCUUCGAGUUAUCAAAAAUAUGGCAGAAUAUUAUUACUAAAACUUUAUUGGACUGAAAAAAGGCAACAUUUUUCACACAGAAGUGAUUAUUCCUGUUGACAUCGAGGUGAACUCGUCACUCCAACCUUUGAACAGAUUCUCUCCAGGUGUGAAAUGGUCAGAGUUAAAAGCUUUGAACUUUAUCCUCCCGCCUCUCCGUCUUUCUUUCUGCGGAGGUUAAGAAUCUCUUCCGUCCGUCCUCCGCUCGGUUUAACUCAGCGUUUCCAUCUGAACUCAUUAGUGGUGACUCAAAAAGCUCGUAGUGAUUCUAACAUGCUGUAAAUAACAUCAGCGCAACUCGUCAGCAUGAUCGAGAGCACCGUUGAUUGUGGCUCUGUGGGUUUCCUGCAUCCUAUUAGAGUUUUAGUGCAUUAGUCUGUCGCUCUGUGUCACCUGUUCGCACUGAUAUCGGACUGUGUUGUGAUGUCAACGAGAGGACACAUUCAAAGGUGGCAGGAUUCAUGCACGAUGUGUUUAAAUUAAAGUGUGUGUGACAGAAUAGAGGUUGUACGAUAAAGUUGUGAUAUAAAUUUGACAUUUCCCACUAAGUGUUAGAAGGGAAAAAAGAGCUUUUUGGCCGCUCUGAAGCCUGAACAUCGUGCAUUCAGCCUGUUGACCUUCUGUAUAUCUGUAUAUAGAUGUCAGGAUGGGCGGGAGGGUGCGGAGGGGUUUGCUGUAAACAAGCAAUGUUGCAUUUGAUGGAAAUUUGGGUAUUUAAAAUAGUCUCCUCCUCGUCUCUUGUUCUCGGCUCCUGCUAAUACUCUUCUGCGUGUCCUGUCCUGUUUGUGCAUCUUACAGUUUGUCUUUCUUAACUUCUAAUAAAACCUAAACUCUUUGCUCACCUGAACCUGUGCCUGUCGCCUCUUUGUGUGUUCCCUCUCUUUCUUUCUGUGUGUGUGCGCGCCUUUCAUAACAGAGCGAGCUCUAAACAUUAACACCUCUCAGCAGCAGCACCGCUCUUGGUACUGAAACUGGAGUUUGCAUUCAAAGGUCCAAUAAUCAAACCUCAUAUUUGUCCCAGAAGGAAUCAAUCAAAGAGUAUAAAUUAUCCUCCAGAAUAAAGAUUCCUUCACCAUUACAUUCCUUCAUUACUUCUAAGGGAAACCGGUCCAUUAAAGUAAACAAUCAAGGAUUUAAAGUUCAUUCUUAAUCUUGAAAAUCAAAGUUUAGUGUUCAUUUAAAUAUUAGAUAUGUUUCAAAAGGUGAAGAAAGAGUUUUGUUAGUGUGUUUGAGUUUUCUUCCUGUAGAAAAUCAGAUUUAUGCUCCAAAUAUUUGAAAGCUGAACCAAAAGCACCACAGUUUUUGAUGUACAGUUAAUGAAUUGUGCUAACCUAGUAUUGAUAUUAUUAUCACAGAUAUAUCUGUACUCAUCAGUGUAAAUGUCUGCUGGUAACUUAAAACAAAUUGUUGAAAAGAAAGAGUUUAGAGAGAAAUGUCACAGCACUUUAAUACCCAAGUUUAGUGGCUCCUGUUUUAUAUGCAAGUUUAAUUUGACUUUAGUUUAAAUUUACACAAAUACUUUGACAUCUUGUUCAUUUCUGAUCCUGAUUCAGAUUAAUAAAAUAUAUAAUCAAGUAGGGAUGCAUCAUAUGGAUUAUUAUUUUAACAAGAAGUUAAUAAUCUAUAGUUUGUAGUGGACCCACCUCACUUAUUAAUGCAUCAAUAAUUAUGAUCAAUAAUAUAAUGUUCUGAAAUCUGCUAAAUUAGUACUUUUACUUUGGAUACUUUACGUAUAUUUUGAUGCUAAAACUUCUGUACUUUUACUUUACUAAGUAUUUCUACACUGUGGUUCUUCUAUUACACCAAAGGUUUGAAUCCUUCUGCCUGUGAGAUGAUUUUAGAUUUCACAGAAGUACUGGUCCAUUAUUUUUGUGAGUUCCCAUCAUGCUCAGCUUCAAUAUCAGUCAAUAUGUUUUACACAAAGUCAAAACCCAGUUCUGACUGUCAGAGAAGAUACCGUCACCUCCUCCCUCUGUUUAAAGAUCCAGGCUGACAGGGAGGUGUUAGAGUAGGCGUUAGACACAGAUAACAAGUCUCCAUGCAGCCUCACUCAGUUUGUGUUCAGGGAGAAAUGAGGCUGAGCUCCUUUUCCACUCCUACAGUUUAAUAGGAAACAUUAAAUUAAAUGCCCACGCUGGUGCAACAGAAUCACCUGUGUGGAUCGGUGUACCACAGGUGUGCUGUAUGGAAGUUAAACGAGUGAGAAUCUGCAUUACUGCAUCGUGUAUGCACAUGAACAUUUGCACAGAUGAUGCACUUGUGUUUGUGUGUAUGUUGGUGUUUGACCAGCGUUUGAAGACCCAGAAUUCUUUACAUAUUAUGGCCCAAAAAAAUCCCUGCAGACUAACUGUACUCUGAAUACAGUAUUUCAUCUUUUAACUUAGUGGUUCCCAACCUUUUCCUUUAAGGGAUCGUUGCUCAAACUGAUUAAGUGAAACAUUUAAUGGAAUUUAUGUAAAACAUAUUUUUUUCAGGAACUUUUUAUACAUUUCUCUUGUUUUAAUUGUGUAAAAGCUUAUGUUCAGGUCUUCAAAGUUUAGAUAAACAGUAAUAUCAACUAGAACAAUUUCAUUUACUUUUCUUCACAGAAAUUAUUAACAAAAUGCUGAGAUAUCGUUCUACUGUGUAUAUUAUUAAAAUCAAGAAGCCUUGCGACCCCGAGGUUGGGAACAACUGAUUUGGGCCAUAAGAUACUCGAAGUCUUCUGACUCCAGUGUACUGUCAGUAUAUUCACUCUCUGUUUGUGUUGGAAAGGAGAGAGCGUGUGAACGAGUGUAACCCUGUGACGUCUCCCAUCAGGAUGGCUCCGGCUCUCUGAAGAGGAGCGGCUCCUUCAGUAAACUGCGAGCGUCGAUCCGCCGCAGCAGCGAGAAACUCGUCCGCAAGCUGAAAGGCGGCGGCUCGUCCCGAGACAGCGAGCCCAAAAACCCCGGGUAACUAUC